UGUGGAUUCGAUCCCGCAUUACUACUGCGUACUUUACUGUGCACUUGCAGUUAGACAAUCGGGUUAAAACUCGAUACAUCAAGCACCAACACCAACACCAACAAUGUGAGAAGCAUUGGCAGGGAUGGUAUCAGGGGUGUUAGAGAUCCAAGAGACAAGUAUCAAGUACACAAGGCUCUGCGUGAUGAUAUCUAAACCCUUCCUGAAUAUUGAAACACACAAAACAAGUCUAUUACCAAAAGUCAACAAACAAAACAGAACAAGAAAAAGUUUAUCGAGAAAAAGUCUCUUACAGUAACAGCAGAUUCAACAAGAUUAGCUAAACCAAGAGGUAGUUUUAUCCAAAUCCCCUUCUUCCCCUGCAACUUUCAAACAAAAAAUAACAUCUCCUUGAAAAUGGAAAUUUCAAACCAGCGGACUUACUUGGAUCUCAAGCAAUCCCAGAAAAUGGAAAUUUCUUCUUUCAUUCUUAUGUACCACGUGUAAUAACAACUCCCCUAAACUGUGAUUAUUUUUCAUCGAUAAUAUAAAGUUCAUUCCGCCGAAAAAAAGGAAAAAGAAAUCGAUUGGAAGCUGAAGUAACGCUAUUAAGAAUACAGCAUAUCGCAAAUAAAGAUCGCAGACGAGAUGUUGACCGAAGAAGCUGAAGACUUGAUCAGCAAUCUACCAGUUGUGAUCCGCCAACGCAUACUCUGCUUUGUUCCUAUUGAAUUAGCCAUCAAAACAUCCCUCUUGUCAAAACGAUGGAGACACGUAUGGUGCGACAUACCUUCUCUCUCCCUAAAGGCCAACACCCUGACGGCAGAUUCGAUAAACAAAACCCUAGCUCUCUACACAGCUCCCAAGAUGAAGAGCUUUCACCUCCUAAUAUCACCAAUCAAAAAGAACAUACCAUACAUCGACACGUGGAUCAAGUUCGCCAUGUCACGCAACGUUGAGAAUCUAUCCCUUGAUGUUCGUAGACCGUAUUAUGAAGAGUAUAAGCUUCCUGAUUUCUUCUACAACAGUUCCUCUUUCAAACAGCUCAACAUUAAGUUCACUCAAAAGAUGGUUAUGGAGUGUCGAUAUGGGUCUUCUUGGGUAUCGUUGCAGAAGUUAUUAUUGAGUUUUUGUAGUCUCUCUGAUGAAUCCAUGGCUAAGAUUCUAUCCGGCUGUCCGAUUCUCGAAUACUUAAGAUUGUACCACUGCAGUAGACUAAAGGUUCUUGAUCUCAGCAAAUCCCUACGUCUGAGAACGUUGGAAGUAAACCGUAACUUGAAGACACGGGGGCCAAGGCAGAUUGUGGCACCACACAUCCACUGUCUCAGAUUGUUAGACUCUAUGAGGUCAUGUACUUUGGUUGAUGUCGCUUCUCUAACCGAAGCUAAGUUGGAUAUUUGCUAUGUCCCAACUAAUAAGCCUUUCUUCGAGUUUACCCAACCUGGUUUUCUCCAACUCCAAGUCAAGGUGCUAGAGAUGCUAGAGAAGUUACAAAACGCAGAGAAGCUUACGUUUGGGAGCAACUUUAUUCAGGUACACUUUUUUUUUUUUUUUUUUUUUUAAUAGUUCUAAGAAAUUUUGAAAAUUCAGGUACACUUUUUUUUUUUUGGUUCAUAAUCAUAUAAUAGCACUCUCUAAUGCCUAAAGGUCAGUAAGUUGCACGGUCAAUGUUUUCUAUAUGGACUAUUAAUUAGUUUUCUUUAGAGUUUUUUUAUAGUUCUAAGAAAUUUUGAAAAUUCUAAGCUUGGUACUAAUCAAUAUUCACUAUAUCUUUUUUGUUUUUCUGUUAGAUUUUAUCUCUAGCUGAGAUUCGUGGUGUUUAUUUCCCGAUGCUCAAGGUCAAAUCAUUGACUCUGGAUACAGUGAUCUCUCAGUAUGUUAUUCCUGGCAUACAAAGGCAGUUACAAAACUCUCCUGAUUUAGAGAAGCUAGUAGUAGGUGGAAGGACUUCCAGCAAGGCCAUACCGG